GACACCCACGUGGUGUCGGUUUGCGGAAGAGGCGGUGGCAGAAGCCAUGGCGGCGGCGCGGGCCCCUUCACGUGGUGGAAUCACAAAAUUCAAGAAACGGAGACGGUUUCUGCCCUCAGCUAGAUUUAGGAAAAAGGGAAUAAAAGUUGUAGGAACAUGGAAACCUGUGAAGAUUGACCCACAUGUGUUUGCUGAUGGGCAGCUUGAGGACCUGGUGUGUUUUGAAGAGCUUCACGAUUAUAAAUUGGUAGGUGCCUCAAAACUUUCAUCGAAAGAAAAACCCAAGAAGAGAAGGUCUGGUGCUGGGGUGUCUGAGGGGGAGGUAGAAGAAACUGCUUCCCAGCCGAAAAAGAAGAGGAAGAAGAGUCGAGAUUGGGGGACAGAGACAACUGUUAAGGAGGAGGAAGAGAACCCUUCACUUGCAGAUGAAGACCUAAUUUCCCAGGAAGAUGUACCCCAAGAUGCACUUGCCGCAGACCAUGAGGAUGCUCCCCAAGAAGGUGGAGUUAUAGAAACCGUAAGCCCUCCCAAAACUGUUCAGAAAAAGAAGAAAAAAAAGACAGGGAAAAAAGCACAAGCAUCUUCCCGGACUGCUCCUUCAAAAGCUCCCCCUAAAGUAAAGAGUUGGACAACCAAGUCGGAUGACCAGAAAGCUGAUGUCUCUGCCUGGAAGGACCUUUUUGUGCCUGAGCCAGUCCUUAGGGCAUUGAGCUCCCUGGGCUUCGGUGCUCCGACUCCCAUUCAAGCUUUGGCCUUGGCACCUGCCAUCCGAGAUAAUCUGGAUAUCCUGGGUGCUGCAGAAACAGGAAGCGGGAAGACCCUUGCCUUUGCCAUCCCGAUGAUUCACUCAGUGUUGCGCUGGCAGGAGGAACAGAAGCAGGCUAGCCAGGAGCAGGCCGAAAGUCUCUCUGAGGAUGGAGAGUCGUUGGUGGAUGUGGACGGUUCUUCUGACGACGGGAGUGAAACGUCGAACCCUCUGCCAGGGGAAAGGGAAGAAGAGGAGGACGGAGACCCAUCUCACAAUCCAGGCGACAUAAAGCUGGAGUUGGAUGAGGAAAAGCCUGCUCAUCACAGAAAUCGAAGUAACCCUCUGCUUGGACUUGUUCUGACACCCACUAGAGAACUGGCCGUCCAAGUCAAACACCAUAUUGAUGCUGUGGCCAAGUUUACAGGCAUCAAAACUGCUCUCUUGGUUGGUGGGAUGGCUCCUCAGAAACAGCAAAGGAUGCUGACUCGCCAGCCAGAAAUUGUGAUUGCCACACCUGGGCGUCUGUGGGAGCUAAUUAAAGAGCAGCAUCAUCACCUCUCAAAUCUCAAGCAGCUCAGGUGCCUUGUGAUUGACGAGGCAGAUAGAAUGGUUGAAAGAGGCCACUUUGUUGAACUCUCCCAGUUGGUGGAAAUGCUGAAUGACAGCCAGUAUAAUCCACAAAGACAGACAUUUGUAUUUUCUGCCACGCUGACUUUGGUCCACCAGGCACCUGCCAGAGUGUUUCAAAAGAAAAAUGCCAAGAAAAUAGACAAGACAGGCAAGCUGGACAUGCUAAUGCAGAAGAUUGGGAUGAGGGGGAAACCAAAGGUGAUAGACUUAACAAGGAAAGAGGCCACAGUGGAGACCCUGACGGAGACCAAAAUCCACUGCGACAAAGAAGAGAAGGACUUCUAUCUCUAUUACUUCCUGCUUCAGUACCCGGGGAGAACCAUGGUCUUUGCCAAUAGCAUUGACUGUAUCAAACGACUCACAGCACUCCUCUCCAUUCUGGACCGAGAUCCACUUCCUUUGCAUGCGAACAUGCACCAGAAGCAAAGAUUAAAAAACCUAGAGCGGUUUGCUGAACGAGACAAUGGUGUUCUUCUAUCAACAGACGUUGCUGCUCGGGGUUUGGAUAUUCCAGAUGUUCAGCAUGUCAUUCAUUAUCAGGUCCCUCGAACCUCAGAGAUAUAUGUCCACCGGAGUGGCCGAACAGCUCGAGCAGCUAAGGAAGGUCUCAGUUUGCUGCUAAUUGGACCAGAUGACGUGAUCAAUUUUAAGAAGAUUUACAAGACUCUUGAGAAGAAUGAGGAGAUUCCAUUAUUUCCCAUUGAAAUAAAGUGCAUGAAAGCAAUCAAGGAGCGAGUAAAUUUAGCACGACAGAUCGAGAAGGAAGAAUACUACAAUAGCCGAGCAAAGCAGCACAACGCCUGGUUCCAGCAGGCUGCUGAUGCUCUCGAAAUAGAUCUGGACGAUGACAUCUUCAUAGGAGGAAGACGUAACGAACAAGAAGAGAGUCAGAAACAAAGGAUGAUGAAAGGAAUGAAAAAACAGUUAAAACAUCUGCUUUCCCAACCUGUAUUUAAAAACCUCAUGAAGACCAAGUAUCCGACACAGUUUGGAAGGCUGACAGUGCCCGAGAUGCCCUUUCACACUUCAGAGUCUGCUCUGAGCACUGUAUCCCAGCAGAAGAAGAAGAGAAAGAAGAAACAGCCAAUUAUGAGCAUAAAUUAACUACCGACAAACCAAAGCUCAUUGGUGGCAACAGUGUGGUGGCUUUGUGCAGCCCUCCUCCUCCUCCCUGUCUGCUCCUGUGGGUAGGAACACCACCUCCCUGCUAUUCUCACAACAGGGAAGACAAUGCCAUGGCUGGUUAUGCAGUCAGACUAGUCAAGAGUUAGCAGCUCUUACUCACCCCAUUCAUUCUGAUGCUGUUACAUCCCUAACAUAUGUAGAGCCUUUUUUUUUUUU